GCGGUUUGGCACAACAAAUAGUGUAUGAAUCCCAGCUUAAUUUCCUUCCACACCACCGACCACUAGUUGUAUUAGAUUACUUAAUUACUGUGCGAGUAUCCUCAGAAAAUGGACCAGGCAAUGGAUAUCAACGCCUUCGAGGGCCGAAUCGUGAAGAUGGAGGUCGAUUACAGUGCGACGUGCGAUGAAAAGAUCCCGGUGGCCAAGGAGCUCGCCAAGGACGAGAACAAAUUCAACGAAGCGCUCGAGAUUCUGUUGCAGCUGGAAAAACAAACUCGCAUCGGUGCCGACAUGGUUUCGAGUGCCCGUGUUCUGAUUGCGAUCGUGCAGAUUUGCUUUGAGGCACGUAAUUGGAACUAUCUGAACGAGUACGUAACGAUCCUAGUGAAGCGUCGCUCGCAAUCGAAACAAGCGGUGGCCAAGAUGAUUCAAGAGUGCUGCUCGUACGUGGACAAAACGCCGGACAAAGAAACCAAACUAAAGCUGAUCGAUACGCUGCGCACGGUGACGGAGGGCAAAAUUUACGUGGAGGUCGAGCGAGCUCGGUUAACGAAAAUGUUGGCCGACAUCCGAGAGGCGGACGGGGACGUAACGGGUGCCGCUUCGAUCAUGGAAGAGCUGCAGGUCGAAACGUACGGAACGAUGGAUAAGCGCGAAAAGGUCGAGCUCAUUCUCGAGCAGAUGCGCUUGUGUCUCGCCAAACAGGACUUUGUGCGUACGCAAAUCAUUGCGAAAAAGAUCAGCAUCAAGUUUUUCAAUGACGCCGAGCAGCAGGACUUGAAGCUGAAAUACUACGAUCUGAUGAUCCGGCUCGACAAGGAUUCAUCGUUUAUCAAAACGUCCCGGCACUAUCUGGCCGUGGUCGAUUCGGAAAUGAUCGCCCAGGAAGCGGAAAAGCGCCAGAAGAUGAUGAUCUACGCGGUGCUGUACUGCAUACUUUCUCCGUACGACAACGAGCAAGUCGAUAUGAUGCACAACCUGUCGAAGAAUAAACUACUGGAGGAGCUACCCGUCUACAAAGAGCUACUGCGGCUUUUCAUGUGCAAAGAGCUGAUCAACUUUGACGCACUGUGUAAAGUUUAUGGGGCAGAGCUGAACACGUUCGACAUCUUCAACCAGGAGACAACCCACGGCAAAAAGUGUUGGACCGAGCUGAAGAAUCGACUGAUUGAGCACAAUGUGCGCAUCAUAUCGAACUACUAUACGCGCAUCAAUCUGCGACGCAUGGCCGAGCUGCUUGAUCUGAGCGAGGCCGAAUGCGAGGAGUAUCUGUCACGGAUGGUGAACGCCGGAACGCUUAAGGUUAAAACGGAUCGGCCCGCCGGUGUCAUACACUUUUCACAGAAAAAGUCCGCCUCCGAGGUGUUGAACGAUUGGGCGUUCGGCUUGAACGAGCUCAUGAACCUGGUGAAUAAGACCUGCCACUUGAUCAACAAGGAAGAGUGCAUCAACAAUGUCAUGCCGCUUCCGGUGGCCGGUUCUGGUGCCGUUGCUAGCUCAACGUGAAGAUCCAGGGGCUACGAGCGACAAGACUUAUCUCAAAUUAAAUUGAAGCCUGUUCCGUGCUUCGGUGCAUCGGAAAUAAGAUAAAAAAAGAAUGUUUCUUUGUCCCAUGCGAACAGUAUGAUGUG